AUGAGCUCUUUCAGGAGUUUGACUGCCGAUCGCAAGCCUUUGGAUGAAUUCGAAAGAAGAGCUUCAUUAUUCGCGGCGACCCAGCGGGGUGCGACAAGUACUGGCAUAACACUGGAUCUGUUCGAAUGGCGCGAAAAUGGCGCUCAGGGUGUAGAAGAGUCUGAUCUGAAGUCCGUGCAAGAGCUCGAGUCGAAAAGCGAGGGAGCUGUCCGUGUGAUCUUUGCACCCCGGGAUAUGCCUGCACCAGGGACAACUGAAGCGCUGGUUGAGCUUUUCGAGACAUGCAGUAUCCCAAGCGCGUUCGUCGAUGAGAGCUUACGAGCUGUUUCGCAGUCGUUUGCUGCGCGAGAAGAUCUGGAUGGCUCAGUGUGCAUAUGGUUUCACCUCCUGUGUAAUACGCUUGCUAUACCCGGGAACACGACCGCGCCCGCCGAGGUAGCUGGAGGUCGGAAGACGAUACAACCUCCGAGUCGAACACACUUCACAUGGUUGAAGCCAGGUAUUGUGCUGAGAAUCAGAAAGCCAUCAACGACAUUACCCAAGCCAGUGCGAACGUCGACAUCAGCUAGUGAUGAUACCUUGGCCGCUAUAUCAGUCAAAGCCAGGGUAGAGCUGGUAUGUUUUGGCGCCCCUAGCACGCUGCAUGAUAGAAUCCGAGCACUUGCAGCGUCAACUACGUGCGCUGAAUUACUCAACGACCCAUAUGUGUUGCUGGAGAUUGUGUUCGAGGAGAUGUAUAAGAUCCUAGAUUGGACUGCCUGGGCCAUAGCAGACACCUUUGGACCUUUGGAAACGCAAAUCUCAGGAAUCGCGAGCAAACCGGGGAAAGCAGCUGAGGAAUUGCCGAAACACUUCUUCACGGAGCUGCACACCCUCACGAAACAUACAUUGUAUCUGCGUGAGAAUUGCGAAGCAGCUUUGGCUACCCUGAACGAUCUUUAUAGCUAUCACAAGGUAGCGACAGGCGAAAGUCUAGAGAUGCCGCAAAGGCAUACUCGGCAGGCACUCAAAUACAGAAAGACCCUGUUCGAGUCGACGCAGCGACGGCUUGCAAGUCUGAAUGCGAGGCUUUCGAACAUUAUCGAGAUGUCGUUCAACAUCGUCACGCAGGGUGACAGCAAGUUGAUGCAGUCGGAGAAUCAGAGUAUGAAGACUAUUGCGGUGAUGACGCUUGUGUUUAUGCCGCUAGGCACGGUCGCUUCGAUAUUCGGUAGCCAGUUCAUGAAACUUCAGGAUGAACGACCGUAUCGCCUUACGGUGUCGCGCGACUUCUGGUUGAUGUGGGUUAUUUCAAUUCCUUUGACCGCAGUGGUCUUGACCACAACAUUGGGCUGUGCAGCAGCUCAAAAUCCCAUCGUGGGGUUUAACUCUGGUGCCUCCGACGAUCAGGGUAAUCCUAAGACACAGGAGGACUUCGAGCGUGAGUUCAGGACUGCGCAGAAUUUAGAAGGUGCGCCUGAUAGAAUCAACACCAUCCGCCUGUAUUCCAAUGUCCAGUGGCAGACCCAGGACACACCAAUCACUGCAUUAUCGGCUGCAGUUGCGACGAACACAAGCCUUCUUCUAGGCAUCUGGGCUUCGGGGACGGACAGCAUUGACAACGAGCUCAAUGCGCUUGAAGCAGCACUCGAAGAGCAUGGCUCGGAUCUGGCGGAUCUGGUCGUGGGUAUCUCUGUCGGUAGCGAGGACCUUUAUCGAGCCUCAAAAUCUGGCGAGAGGAAUGACGCCGGAAUCGGAAACGAACCGGAUACCAUCGUGCGCUUCAUCAGGGAGGCUCGCGCGCGUCUGAACAACACGGCGCUCGCAGACAAGCCUUACACUCACGUCGACGCCUGGGACGCCUGGGUGAACAGCUCCAACGCUGCUGUUAUUGAUGAGGUCGAUUUCGUUUCCGUCAACAUCUUUCCCUUCUAUGUGGACUCUGUCGACAACAGCAUUGAGAACGCAGCUGCUAUUUUCAAUGGCGCCUUGACUGCCACAGAGCGUGCUGUUGGCGACAAAGACGUUUGGAUCACCGAAACUGGUUGGCCAUAUAGUGGCCCAGCGUGGGCUAAUGCUGAGUCUACUGUCGACAACGCUGCUACAUAUUGGCGAGAAAUCGGUUGCCGACUCUUCGGUAGAGAAAACGUCUUUUGGUACACACUUCGCGAUGCCAAUCCAGCGAACGAAGUCAAGUUCGCCGUCACCGAUGAUCUAAGCACCACUCCUCGCUGGAACCUCACCUGCCCUGCAGGCAGCGCGAACUCUUCAUUCCCUGCUCCCAUCGAUGUUGUAUCAGCCCGGCGUGCGGAGGAGAACACUACGAGCUCUCUUUGCCACCCUGAACGUUCACUCGAAGAUAGUGCUGAGGCUUUGGAAGUUGAUUCGUUCAGGAUGCAGUCACAACAAGAUCCAGAAGGUCCACCAGUGACUGAUCAGAGCGAGCAGCUGUCGCAGCCCCCAAGUGUGGCCUCACCAACACCCGAUAGUCCUUGUACGACUGAACAGGAGCAAACUCAUCCCGGCCAACUUAACGCGAUCCUUCCCGAGUUAGCACAAGGAGGAGCCCCAGAAGGAUAUGAAGUUUGUCGAGCGGAAUCGCAAGAGCAUUCGAAUGGUACACCUGCAAGUAAUCCACAUGCUAUGGAUACUAGCGGUCAACACUCCCACCCCAGGGAUACAGCAACGGAUUUAUCCUCGGCAAAUCUUCCUCUCCUGUCUCAGGCGGGACCUCAAACAGUGUCGAGUGGUCCUACGGUCGCUGGACACAGCACGAUUAUGACGGUCGAAUUCGCCGAUCAAUACGUACCUCGAGACGACAGCAGCACUCAACCUUCCAUGAUACAACCGAGCACGAAUCCUACAAGUCAUUCGAACAUCCCCCUCACUAUGAUACAAAACAUCACACAACUUCCGCAGCCGGCAUGGAACUCACCGAGCCUAGCAGGCCUCGGAAUCUAUAACAGGGCUACUCAUUUCACCACACUGUAUACCAGACCAGAUGCAACGCCACAACAACGUGAGGUAUGGAACGACCAAAUUCUCGCCGACCUCCAUCCGAACGCCAGGGCUAUGUAUCUCGCUAUGACAUCUGCCUGUCCGGAUGCAGCGCCUCCUCGUCAUCCGCUAUGGGACCACCCGUUUUUUGCGCAACUCCAGUAUAGGCGCAGGGCAUUCGCCAUCGCUGCAGACAUGACAUCACAACUUAUGCAAACAGAAUGGGAACAACAUGUUCUGCGAAAUGCGGCGGAGCAGAGAAGUGCUCUCUGGCCGGUUCGAUACGGUGACGUCUAUGAUAAGCUCAGUGGAUUCAUGAUUUCAUACCGAGUCGACGAACUACUACCACCUUACCCUGGCGAGCGCCGCGACUUCGUCCGCAUGACUGAUCGCGUGCUCUUCGAAGCUCGACAAGCACGAGCAAUAGCGUUCUUGGAUACCACAGCCAUGGACGAAGAAAUCGUGCAUCGCACGCAAAGCAGAUUGCGACGGUAG